AAUCGCUUGGGCUCGCAUGGCGAGCUUUCUUUGUCUGAGCGUGUUUCUUUAUUUUUAACCACGGGAUACGUGCGGAAAAUAUUUAUUGCUAUUCAUUUCUGCUGUUUUAAAGAGUUACUCAAACGAGGAAAAAGGAAGAAGGCGGAGAAAAAAUGUUUUGGACGCGCCCUGUGCUUUUUUCCCUCGUGAUUUGUUACGGACAGCUGGUUUCAGCCCAGCUGAAAUAUUCCACCCCAGAGGAGGUUAAGGUUGGAUCUAUUGUUGGGAAUGUUGCAAAAGAUUUGGGCCUCGACAUCGGCACUUUGACGAGCAGGAUGUUUCGCCUUGUAUCUGGCGCACAGGACGCGCUGUUUGAGGUAAACCCGAACAAUGGGCUUCUGUCAGUGCUUAAACGCCUCGAUCGCGAGCAGCUGUGCGAGAAAAACGCUGUCUGCGCGAUGGAUCUCAAAAUUGUUGUUGAGAACCCACUGGAGAUCCACUAUGUCUCCGUGGAAGUGACAGAUGCCAACGACCAUGCCCCGACCUUUGCAGAAAAGGGGAAAAAAAUAGAAAUAGCAGAAAACACUUUAUCUGGUGCACGGUUUCAAUUACCAGUUGCAAGAGACCCUGAUGUUGGAAUGAAUUUAAUCCAGCGUUAUAAACUGAGUCACAAUGAUCAUUUUCAACUUGAAAUUCGAGAAAGAGAUGAUGAUAAAAUUCCAUUUUUAGUGUUGCAAAAACAGCUAGACAGGGAAGAGAAAGUGAACCAUAGCUUAAUUUUGUCUGCUAUAGAUGGAGGGACACCAUCCAAAUCUGCAAAUCUUAAUGUGACCAUACGUGUUCUUGAUGUCAAUGAUAAUCGACCUAUUUUUUCCAAUGAAGGAUAUUCUGUUGUCCUGCAAGAAAAUGCAGCAUUAGGCACCUCUGUAAUCAAAGUGCAAGCCACUGACCUGGAUGAGGGAGCGAAUGGGGAGGUGGAGUAUGAAUUUGGGGGGGACAUGAAUGCAGAGGUGCGGCGUCUUUUCAGUCUGGACAAAAUAUUGGGAGUAAUUCGAGUUGAUGGGCUAAUUGACUUUGAGGCAUACAAUGUUUUCAAGUUAGAUGUGCAGGCUUCUGACAAAGGUCAGCCUCCCAUGACAACAGACUGCAGAGUCAUCAUAAAGAUUCAGGAUGUGAAUGACAAUAAACCCGACAUCGAAGUGACAUCAAUUGCUAGCAUGGUGCCAGAAGAUGCAAAACAUGGGACUGUGAUUGCACUCAUUAGUAUCACCGACAAAGAUUCAGGCCUUAACGGUAAAGUUAUCUGCAGGCUAACAGAAAAUGUACCGCUUGAAUUAAAGCCAUCAUUCAAGGAAAAUAUGUAUUCCUUAGUGACAAAAGACACUUUAGAUAGAGAAACGAAAUCAAGUUAUGACAUAUCAAUAACAGCAACUGACUGUGGUGAACCUGCCCUUUCUGCAUUCAAAACUGUAAGCAUCCACGUAAAAGAUGUAAAUGAUAAUAUCCCAGAAUUCCCACAAAAUCCUUUAGAGUUAUAUCUGACAGAAAACAAUGAAGCCGGUGCUUCCGUCUUUUCGGUGAGUGCCUUUGAUAAAGACUUAGAUGACAAUGCUGCGAUAUCUUAUUAUAUUGUCAGACAGGGGGGUCAUACUGAUAUGACAUCUUUCCUGAAUGUCAAUUCAGAAAAUGGCCAAAUAUCGUCACUGAAAAGCUUUGACUUUGAGACACUGAAAAGUUUCCAUUUCCACGUGGUGGCCACCGAUGCUGGAAGUCCUCCACUGAGCAGCAACGUGACAGUGAAGGUGUUCAUUCUGGAUCAGAACGACAACGCUCCAGUCAUCCUGUAUCCAGUCAGCUCCAACGGUUCUGCCGAAGGGGUGGAGGAGAUUCCCCGCAAUCUCAAAGCAGGAGACUUGGUGACUAAAGUCCGAGCCUAUGACGCCGAUAUCGGAUAUAACGGCUGGUUGCUGUUUUCACUGCAGCAAGUCAGCGACCACAGUCUGUUUUCUUUGGACCGCUACACCGGCCAGAUCCGAACACUUCGCUCCUUCACGGAGACGGACGAGGCCGAGCAUCGACUGCUCAUCCUGGUCAAAGACAACGGCAACGUGUCGCUGUCGGCAACAGCCACCCUGACCGUCAAACUCGUUGAGCCCAAAGAGGCUUUUGCAGCUUCCGAUGUGAAAAGUGCAGCAAAAGUGGAAGAGGAGGACAACGUGACUUUUUAUCUCAUCGUCACUUUGGGCUCGGUGUCGCUCCUUUUUGUCGUCAGCAUCAUCGUGCUGAUCGCCAUGCAGUGCUCCAAAUCCACAGAGUACACUUCCAAAUAUCUGCAAGACGCCAAUUAUGACGGCACGCUGUGUCACAGCAUCCAGUACAGAUCAGGAGACAAGCGCUACAUGCUAGUCGGACCCAGAAUGAGUAUCGGUUCGACCGUAGUCCCGGGCAGCCACGCCAACACUCUGGUGCUCCCUGACCGGAGACACACUUCCGGGGAGGUAAGAAAAAUACAAAAAACAUUUCUGUGACUCAUGUUUUAUAUG